GAAAGUGACACGUCAGUGUCUAGUUUUUCCAACUGUAGCUGAGACACCAAGAAGCGCUUACAUUUUCCGAACUGUACUGAGUAAGCUUAGACUAAACCUAAAGUCUGUGUUUUUCCUCUGAAAUGGAAGAAGUGGAGAUUGCCGAUAUCAACGACGAUGAUUUCACAUCAUUGGAGAAGCAGGGGCCGCUGGAAAACGCGGACCUGAGCGUCCUGAGCCUAACUGUUGGAGACAUUUUGGCACAGUAUGGCUGGUAUAUUAUGGUUGUCACGGUGCUGCUCUUCCUGUUGAUUCAACACAUGCGCAAGAGAAGCUCCAGCCAGAGCAGCAGCACCACAUCCUCACCAGCCCGGCAAGAUUCAGUGUCUGUGGUCAGAAGACAGGAGGCUGUAGAAGCAGCUCGGAGAAGAAUGCAAGAGGACCUUGAUGCCAAAGCAGCCGUUUUCAAAGAAAAACAGAAGCAGCAAGAGGAGGAGAAAAGGAGGCAGAAAAUUGAGAUGUGGGAGAGUAUGAAACAGGGGAAGAGUUAUAAAGGAAAUGCAAAACAUUCUCAGACCAAUGAAGAGGCAAACUCGGCUACAACUGUGCUGAAGCAAAAGACGGAAAAGAAACCACUUCGCAACAGUGGCUCGAAGGUAGGAGACGUCCGUCCAAGUCGAGCCGGAACCACCCAGAU